AUGGACCAAGGAUCCGAACGGAACCGUACCACUGGUACUGGUACGCUACCACGAUUGUCUCGUCUCCCAAAGAUAGUUCCGCGGGCUUCCCACGACAAUUUCAGUCUUCUCCGAGGCUCUGCUGGUGAAGAUCCUGUUAAGUCUUCGCAUCUGCCGCGUCCAUCGAGGCCAAAUACAUCUAAGAUUGCUCAACCGACGCCUCUAGGUGAGAAUGUCAACAGAUCAGUCCGCGACAAGUACGGCUGGUCAGCCGCGGAGCAAUCCCGAACCCGUCACAGAUCUCCUGUUCGAGAUGCUCUUCAGGCGGCGAUGUCAACAUUAGACACCACACCUCCAAAUUCGGGAACCCACGUGCCCGUCUUCGAAGAUGGCGAUGAGAACCCUCAAGCCAAGCUUGACACUGCUGCAGACAAGCUUGAUAUCUCGGAGCUUGGGAAGCGCAGACCAAGACCAUCCUUGACUGAGCGGACCAUGGAAACUCUAUCCGCAAUCUCGCCAUCUCCAUCACCUGUCAGGCGAAGACGGUCCAGCGUAGCUAUCCGCGACGGCGCUAUGGGUCCUCCGGUACGACCAGCAUCUAGUAUGCGCAAUUCGCGGCCUACAACGCCCGCCAGUGGACGACCGCCAUCACCGGUGAAGCACAUGUUCAGGCCUCCGGGACGAAGAUCGCCUUCCCGGGACUAUGCUCUACCUGCUGUACCAUCUCCAGGCUCGCUGUACACUCCUCCCAAGGCGUUUGUCAAGGGCGGUAGUGCGCGGUUUGGGCGGUCAGUGCACGCAAUCUCGGCUGCAGGCUCACAGUCAGGCAAUCAAACCGGAGGCUCAAAAGUCCCAAGCUAUGCAUCGAAGACCAUGAGAAUCAAGUCCUCGGGCAUAAGUGGUUCCGGCGCUUCGGGUGCACGCGACGGCAAAGUUUCCCUUGACUCGAUUUUCAAAGAUCCAGCUAAAUCAGCCUCGAACUCUGGGGCGCGUUCUUCUGUAAGCAGCGCCGGAUUACUUCGACCACGAUCACACGGCGAAAAUACGAUUGCGGCCUCACCACCAUCCCGGCUUCGGCCCAAGGUGCUAGCUCCAAGAAACUCCACUCCGACGACAUCGAGUGUGAACAAAGCAAAACCUCCCACUCCAACUUCCACCAAGUCAUCUGCAGCUUUACGAGAGACUAUUGCAAAAGCCAAAGCUGCCAAGCGAGCAGCAAUGACCUCUCAACCCAGCGUCGAGGGCAAUGCCAUGAUCACGCCAGCCAACUUUGAAGCCGAUGCUUGGCCCGGUGAGCCAAUCGAACCAGGACAGUCGAACAAAGGUUUAUUGCGAAAGCGUCUUGAAGGAGCUGUUGCAUCGGGCAGCUUGAAUUUGGCCGCCAUGGGGUUUGAUACUGUCCCAGAAGAAGUCCUCAGGAUGUACGAAAACACGGCAUCUUCGGUGGGUUGGUCAGAGAUGGUCGACCUCACCAAGUUCAACAUGGGCGACAACAAACUUGAAGUCAUCUCAGAUGACGUCUUCCCGGACUGGUCGACAGAUGAGAUGUAUGAGGACGAUGAGAAGACCAAUCAAUUCGCUGGGCUUGAGAUGUUGGAUAUCCGUAACAAUCUCCUUCAUUCAGUUCCUAUAGGGUUACGACGGAUGGAGAGGUUAACGAGUUUGAACCUCAGCGGCAACCAACUCGGCAACGAGGUUCUUGAGACUAUUUGGCAGAUCCCACAGCUCCAGAGCCUCUACUUGGCAAACAACAAGCUCACAGGCUCAUUUCCCUUCAGCGCAGAAGGGACGACUGCGCUUCGAGUCCUUGACUUGUCCAACAACCAGAUUGAUGGCUUCGAGUUCACACACGGGCAAUUGUCAUCGCUACAGAGGCUGAACGUAUCGUCAAAUAAAUUGAUAAAGCUACCUUGGGUGUCCCUUUCCUCUUGCGAGGAGCUAGCUGAGCUUGAGGCGAAAUCUAACCAGAUCGGGGGGAUAGCAUUUGAGGGCGUCAGUGGUGGUUUCCUCAAGCUACGAAACUUGGAUCUGUCCUGGAAUGCCAUUGAUGGCCUCGCUGCUCCAGUCUCAGAUUUUAUCGAGUUGCAGACCCUUCUCUUGAACAGCAACCGUCUGACAGCACUGCCAGCAGCCGAAAAGUGGCAGAAGUUGGUGACGAUCCAUUUGUCAGAGAACAAAGUGGUCGACAUGCCGGCGAUCUGGGAAUUGCACUCUCUGAAGAACGCCGACCUUAGCCAAAACAACAUCAAGGCUAUCGACGCUCGGAUCGCAACCAUGGAUGCAUUGACUGCGCUUGAACUGGCUGGCAACCCGCUUCGCGAUCGAAAGUACAUCAGCAUGCCAACCUCUGAUUUGAAGCUGGAUCUGGAAAAGCGUCUAGAUCGCGGUGAUAAUAGCAGAGGCUCGGAGGCAGCUUCUGGAGAGGUUGUGAAUGGUGCAGAAGGCGCAGAACACAGCAAAUAUGCCUUCAAAGCUACUAAUGGAGUCCUUGACUUGUCCUCGAAGGGCCUCGAAUCUAUCAACGUGGAUACUAUCAAUUUCGAGUCGAGCACGGUUCCCAUUCAUACACUUCGCCUCACAAAUAACGAAUUCAGCACGCUCCCGGUGGAGCUGCUCUGCCAUCCUGCGCUGAAGUGGACGCUCAAGUCUCUGGAUAUCUCGCACAACCCUCGUCUUCACUCAACAGAAUGCCUGACGGAUGAAGUUUUUCUGCCAGCAUUACGUUCCCUAUAUGUGGUGUCUACGGGUCUGACUUCCCUCGAUGCCCUCACAUCACAUCUCAAAGCACCCGAGCUGACAGAGCUCAACAUCUCAUGCCAUCGUCUUGCUGGCCAUGUGCCCUGGGUUCGAGCCUGGUACCCAAACGUUACUACCUUGCUGGCGUCGGAUAACUGGUUCAGUAGUGUGGACGUGGAGGGUGUAAGGGGCUUAGAGGUGAUUGACAUCCGCAACAAUCAGAUCGAGCAGCUGCCGCCAGCACUUGGACUAUUGGGCAACUUUGCAGACAAGCGCGAAGCUGGACGCUUACGCAGUUUCGAGUCGAUGGGAAACUUGUUUCGAGUUCCACGUAUUGCUGUCAUCGAGAAGGGAACCGAAGCAGUGCUCCGAGAUCUUCGACGUAGGGUACCGGUACCCAUGGUGCCCGAGGAGUGGAAGGAGGAGAUUUAG